CUACUUUCAAUUGAAUAAAUACGCCAAAUGAGCUGUCGUGAGAACAACGUGGAUCUUGCAAGAGUUUAUGUUGAACUUAGUGUCCUAAUCUAUUACACAGCAAUAAUAUGUGACCGACACAUGCUCCGGAGACACCACUUGUCUGAUUCAUCCUGAUAACCUUCUUCUAGAGUUUUCUUCCCUCACUACAGCUGAGGAUGGUUCCUCAGGAACAGCCUAUGGAUCCAUGAGAUUACUGUGGAGGGUUAACAUCUAAAACCAUGAUGAUCCAUUUGGUCUGUGAUUAGUGUUAAUGGUUUGCUACAAUGGUUCAGGCCAUUUUUUUAAUGGGUCUCCAUAAGUGAAUGGUUAAUAACCUCAACUAUCAUUUCUAGACAUUUGGAUAGUUGAGGAUGGGUUCACUUUGAGUUUGGUUCCUCUCAAGGGUUACCAUGAGGUAAUUUUUGUUUGUAGUCUAUUUAAUUGUGAUAAAAUGCUUUGGAGAAAAACGUCUAUUGUUAAAAGAAAGUUCUCUCACUGGGUGUCUUAACAAUAGAAAACUCUUACUAAAAAGACUGGAUGUGCAGGAGAAUGAUCACUGAAAGCAAGUACAUUUAUGUAAAUGUAAAGGAAGAACUUUUACUCAUAUUUAUGCUGGGUAUUUGUACUUUCACAAGUGUCCUUCUUUCACAACUGGACACACCACAUGUUACAGCUGGAACUACUUGUGCUGGUGCAGGGGAAAAAAAUGCACAUCUUUUGACCAAUCAGAUUAAAGAAUGAUUUUCCCCUGAAAAGGUUUUUACAAUAACGGAACUGCUGGACAAGUCAAGGAACUACAGCGCCCAUGAUGCACCUGACGAAAAGCAACAGAUCGUUUACUGAAGCUGAGCCACUGAGAUCUCGAGAUGGGGAACAGUAAAAGUAUUGCUCUUUCUAAAGAACUACUGGAGGAGCUAAAAUCCAACACAUUGUACACAGAAGAGCAGCUUUACGCCUGGUAUCAGGCCUUUCUGAAAGAGUGCCCUAGCGGAUACAUCAGCAGGGAGCAGUUUGAGGGCAUCUACGGCAGGUUCUUUCCCGAUGCGAACCCGAAGGCCUACGCUCAGCAUGUGUUUCGAAGUUUCGACACCGACAGUGAUGGCACGCUCGAUUUUAAAGAGUAUAUUGUAGCACUGCAUCUGACCUCCUCCGGGGAGACUAUCCAGAAGCUGGAAUGGGCCUUCGCUUUGUACGACGUGGAUAAGAAUGGCAGCAUAACCAAAAAUGAGAUCAACGAAAUUGUUAAGUCCAUAUUUAACAUGAUCCCCAAAGAGGACCAGAAAAACCUCCCAGAUGAUGAAAACACACCUGAAAAAAGAACACAAAAAAUCUGGGACUUUUUCGGGAAGAAAGAAAAGGAUAAAAUUACAGAAGGAGAGUUCAUCAAGGGUGUGAUGGACAAUAAAAACAUCCUCAGACUGCUCCAGUUUGAUGAGCCGCAGAAGAUUCAAAACAGACUGAGACAAAAGAAGCAAUAGUGUUUGUAAUAAUGUCUGCCCAACCUGGGUUUUUUUCUUUGUUUUGUGUGUAUUCUUGCCCAUUAUUUAUGACAUUUAUGACCAUGACAAAAUACUACAACACUGAGAUUUAUGAAAUAUCAAUGUUUAUUAUAUCGCUCCAAAUCAUGUAUAACAACAUUUAUAAGAACAGACACAAGGCUGAAAAUUGUAGUCGAAUGCAGAUGUUUGAUUUAAUUAUACAAUAUACAAAAAUAAAAAAAAUUGAGGUGGCUCAAUCAUGAAAUCAUGAAUUGAUAACUUAAUUAUGAAAAACACCUUUGGUCAAUAUACAAGCAGUCUGUAAAAAGCAGCCAUUUAAUGAGGAUAUGAAAUGUUUACAGUAUUCUAUACAAAUAUAGAAAUAUUUUACUUUCUAUAAAAUUGGCCAUCAAUUCUCUGGUUUGAACUGUGUGGCAUUACAUCUGUAAUUAAAUGUAAUCCAACUAGACAUGUAUAUGAGUUGUCUGACAUGAUUUUAAACAAAAAGUUCAUUUUCAUGUUAUAGGGUAGUAUGUAUUAUGUAGCAAGGACCAAUUUGUCUGUAACUUGUGUGUUUCCUGAUCUGUCAACGUGGUACAUGUUACCAACAUUGAAAUUCCUACACAUAUAUACUGUAUACUUACAUACUUACAUACAUAUAUACAUGUAUAUAUAUAUAUAUAUAUAUAUAUAUAUAUAUAUAUAUAUAUAUAUAUAUAUAUAUAUAUAUAUAUACACACAUGUAUGUCCAUCUGUGUACAAUAAUCUUGUACAAAAUUCAGUGACCAGUUUUUUUACCCCACAUAACAAAAAUGCUACACAUGCGAUAACAAGAACAUCAGAAUUUUUUAUGUUUAUUAAGUAGCAAUUUAUAGUUCAGCACUUCACAUUGGAUUUACAUUUGAAUUUGGGAGACACAAGACUUCAAAGCUUGCCGUAUCUACAGCUCAAAUUAUUGUGUAAUUAUGUACUGUAUAUAUAUAUAUAUAUAUAUAUAUAUAUAUAUAUAUAUAUAUAUAUA